AUGAUAGAAUCAUCUAUACAACGUUCCUGGACCCUGAGCAAGGCCCAGGUCGCAGCUAUUCUCGAUGAUGUUACCUACAAGCCAGCUGAGAACAAGUCCGGGCUCCUCCCUAUCGAAAUGAGGUUCAUGGACUUUGGGGAGACCGGGGAAGCGGGAAACUACGAGAAGAUAAGCAUGACGAAGACAAAUGCCCGCAUCGCACAGUGGUGUCAGGAGGCAUACGAUCUCCUGGACCCCGAGAAGGCGGAUCUGGAUUCACACCUCGAGCGGCUAGACGCUGCGUUUUCAACGCUGGUGACCUGCUGCUUUCAGGUCCACAAGAAGAAACUGAGCAGGGAUGAGAUUGUAGAUAAGACAUGCGCCUUCCUAGCCCGUCUCCCCUCGUACCCCCCAGAGCUGCAAUUCGACUAUGAGAGCAAGAACGGUCAGGCCCGUUUAAUCAAUCCGUGGCCGGCUCAAUAUCUGUGUACGUCUUCCACCGAUGAGGCGCAAUCCGAGGAGCCCCAAGAUGGGUACAAGUGGGCAAGUCUCCGAGUGCUUUCGAGACCAAGCACGAGUGUUAUUCGCAUUGCUUUGUACUUGACAAUGGAUCAAAGUAUUGCAUUCGCGCUUACCUCCGACUAUUCAGAUACCAUUGUCAGACUUCUGGACGCUGUAACAGAGUUAUACCGCAGCUCGACCACUGAAGCUGCUGCACAAGCUUGGUUCGUCGUGCAGGCAUUUCUCUGGGCGGCGUGGCAGCAGACCGUGAUGCUACAGUUCGGUUACGACUGCGCAAGAGUGUUGAGAAUUGGCUACCAGUUUGAACGACAUAAUUAUCUCAUAUCGAGACUGACUCCCUUGGCGAUGCCGGGGCGUGCAGUUGUUGAGCGCUCAAGACCGAGCUAUAUGUGCAAAUGGGCGUUUGAGCUGCUUCGCUCCGAUCUCAGCUCGGUCACUCAGGAUUUUAGGAAAUUUUUCAAGACAUUCGAGAUUCACUUUGGUGGCCGUGCGGCCCGUUGCAACCUUGUUGGUGGACAAGGAAGGCAGAGGGUCUGCGAUGGCAAAGCGCCUGGCAACUGUCAGAGAUUUGAGUCCGAGGGCGUCCAGAUCCAAUCUGCUCACGAUGUCAAGUGUCCUGGGCCUACUUGCAGCUUCUUGACCUGGGAUGAGCAGUCGUAUAAAGACAUAACAGGAGCGAGAGCAGUCUGUCCGGAGAAGACUGAUGAUAAACUGAUUCGAUAUCGUCCUGUGACCAGUGAAACGAUGGCAGUGUCUCACGUCUGGAGUCACGGGCAAGGAGGGCGACCUGAGACUGGGUUCAACAUCUGCCUCCACAGGAGGUACACUGAAUUGGCUCGAACCCUUGGCUGCACGUCCUACUGGAUGGAUUCACCCUGUGUCCCAACCGACAGCGAGCUCCGGACCGAGGCGCUUGGUCAGAUAAACGAUAAUUUCUCCAAUAGCAAAGUCACUUUGCUUGUUGAUCGAGACAUUAUGGAGAUUGACAUCCAUCCACUGACUCUGCAGGCGCAAGAAGCCAUCUUAGCUACGCUAGUCGUAUGCGACUGGAACGUCCGUGCAUGGACGCUUUUGGAAGGCUUGCGAGGGCGCGUGAGGCUCCAUCUCUUAUGCAAAGAUAAUCGGAUUAUAUCGCUGAAAGACGUCAUCUCCAGCGUUGUACUACAGAGCGACCUCUCCCUCAUAUCGCCAUGCCUAGCUAUUCAAUACUACACCCCUACACAUCCUGAGGAUGCCCAGUUCGUCCCGGAGGAAGUUGUCACGAAAGAGCAGGCCACUUGCCUCCUCAACCACAGACAUGCCACCAAGGACCGAGAUGUGACCAUGAUCUGGAGCCUUGUCUGUGGCUCAAACAAGAUCGUCAAGACGGCUGAAGGUUUCUGGAAGGCGACAGUGGGACAGCCGGUAGCAACAGGAUUUCUCGUGUCCAGCGCCCCGCGGAUCAAGUCUCAAGGAUUGAGCUGGGCGCCAGCACGCCCGAAUCUCCUGCCUCCGACGGCUGGCACGCCCAAUGAAAAGCCAUAUCCCGCCUAUGAUGGGCAGAACAGCGUUUCCGGUAUCAUCACAACAGAGGGCCUUCAAGCGGAAUGGCUCGUGUGCCCAAUCCGCCGUUCCAGGGCUCUUGGGAUGUGGUUCUCGCUGUAUACCUACGCGGAUGCCGAGAACCGAUUGCAAGCGUACUACAGAAUCUGGAACGAGGGCGCAAACUCGAAGAUGGAUAUGAAAAGUCUAUUCAAGCUUCGCUCUGUGAUUGCACCGCUAUUCAAAAAACAUCGCUGGGUUGCUCUCUUGCAACCCGCUCUCCGACACCGAACAUCCACUGGACCUGUAUCUCCUCCGCGGCCGUUCCCGUACCAAGGGGAAUUCCAGGGCCCAUUGCUAGUCGUGGUGACCUCGGAUGAUGAAGAGAAGUGGGAGUGGCAGUUUGUGCAUGAGUGGGACACGAACUAUCAACUGCCAGAAUUUUCGAUCAAGGAAAUAUUGAUAGUCUAG